AUGAUUCAAGAAUCGACAUCUGUUUGUGUUGUUUUUAGUGGGAAAAGAAAGUCAGGCAAAGAUUAUACUGUUAAUCGUCUGACUAAUCUGCUCCAAUGUAAUCAUCUUUCUUGUUUAGUAGUACGAAUAAGUGAACCAAUCAAAUCGUAUUUCGCAGAACAUUAUGGAUUGGACUUGUCUGAAUUAUUAUCCUCGAACGAAUAUAAAGAAAAAUAUCGAAAACAAAUGAUUGAUUGGAUGGAACAGGAAAUUAGGCAAGAUCCUUAUAUAUUCACCCGGAAAUCAUUGCUUGAAAGUAUUAGACGAUGUGGGAUACCUCAUCCUGAUAUUAUUAUUAUCUCAGAUGCCAGAAGGACAAAUGAUGUGGAGUAUCUCAUCAGGACAUUUGGUCGAUCCAAAUGUUUGUUAAUACGUAUUGUCACACCUAUAGAAGUUAGAAUCGAACGGGGUUGGUCAUAUGUUGA